AUGGCGCUAAUGGCAACCAGAACAAAGCUCUUUAGGCUGCUGACGACUCUCACUACGAAAGCACCAAUUUUAGGAUAUGGGUCUUGCUCCAAUGGCGUUAAGGGACCGGUUCGGGUCGACCGGGGCUGUGGGCUCGGGUUGACGGCCUAUUCGACCUCUGCUGUGGCACAGCAAGAGCCAGGGGUCGUUGGGUCGAGGCACCUGGGUUUGGAGAUCUUGGGUGUGAAAGAUUAUGAAGAUUAUAGGAGGUCUCUUUAUGGUGAAAUCACCCACAAGGCUCUGCUUGUUGAUGCUGUUGGCACCCUUGUUGUUCCUUCCCAGCCAAUGGCUCAGAUAUAUAGGAAGAUAGGCGAGAAGUAUGGAGUGGAGUACUCAGAGGCUGAGAUUUUGAACAGAUACAGAAGGGCUUACGGGCAGCCUUGGGGUAGAUCUCGUCUCAGAUAUGUAAAUGAUGGGAGACCCUUCUGGCAAUAUAUAGUCAGUUCUUCCACUGGCUGUUCAGAUUCCCAGUACUUUGAAGAACUUUAUAACUACUAUACAACUAACAAGGCUUGGCACCUCUGUGAUCCUGAUGCUGGGAAAGUGUUUCAAGCUCUGAGAAAAGCAGGUGUCAAAGUAGCUGUUGUGUCAAAUUUUGAUACUCGAUUAAGACCUCUUUUGCAGGCUCUAAAUUGUGAACAUUGGUUUGAUGCGGUAGCAGUGUCAGCCGAAGUUGAAGCAGAGAAGCCAAAUCCAACAAUAUUUCUUAAAGCUUGUGAAUUAUUAGGAGUAAAACCUGAGGAUGCGGUGCAUGUGGGAGAUGAUCGUAGGAAUGAUAUAUGGGGUGCCAGAGAUGCAGGCUGUGAUGCUUGGCUUUGGGGAAGUGAUGUUCACUCCUUUAAGGAGGAACAGUUUGAUCAGUCUACCCUGGUUCAGAUUUUUUAA